UCGGCUGGACCAGUCGGAUAAAACCAGAAGGAAUAAAAACGGAAACGGAAACGGUGCGGUGUGUGACAACUAGCAAGCAACCCAGGAUAACUACCCAUAACUAGGAAGUGUGAUUUGGGGGCGUUUGUGCGUGGGCGGUCGGAAUUGGGUCAUUCGGGUGGAAUUCUUAUGAUUUUGAGUGCUAGUGGCUCCAGAGAGUGGGUUGGAAACUGAGAAGAAGUCGGAUUAAGCGGAAAGGUGAUAAGCAACUAAUUUGGUUCCUUUGAUUAAAGCAAAAUAUUGUGAAUAGUGCAAGUGCUUGAAUGUACACACGAUUGUUGAAGAUUUCCGGGAAACGUGAGCGAUUUUGUGCAGUUACACCCAAUUAGUAACGAUUUUUUACGGAAAGUAAUUGCAAUAAAAUUCACGGAACGAUUUGAAAGAGUUCGGAUGAAUGAGUCCGGUGUGGAAGCUGUUCUGGAAAUUUAACCAUUAUCUGAAAAACCUCUUGGAUUAAGUGAUUUUUGUGAAGCGGAAACAACACCUGGAGUGGGGUUUUUGGAUUUGUGAGCCCAAACUGAGUUCUGAAAUUUUCCUUGGAUCCGCCUACAAAGUUCCACGGAAAAUUUUAACUGCUCCGAGAAACACAGAAAAGAUUUACCAGUUUCUUGAGAAGGGAUUCAUCCCGCGGAUAACUUCAAAGUGCUAAACCAACAAGCAAACAAAUUUAAAACGCACCACCCCCUCCCCCCCUUGGAAAUAAAACGAUUUUCCCGUUCCCAGCGAAUGGUGAGUGGCAGCCAUUGGCAAUAUUGGAUCAAAGUCGGGAACCGUAGAACCGUGAUCGGGGGGCAGCUCGGAUUUUCCGCCGAAACCGAAACAUGACCGAGUCGUCCUUUGUGUACGGAGUGGAACUGAAAUCGCCACCCCCAACGAGUGGAAUCGACGACGGCCUAACCAAUUACGACCGCUUUCUGAAAUCGAAAACCGCAAUGAUGGCGGGCGGCUUCCUGGGACCAUUGGCCGGAAAUGUAACGGACUUGCUGUACCUUCAGUCGACGAUCGAAACGACGCUGGACCACUAUCAGCAGCAGCCGUACCAUCAUCUGCAUCAUCAUUCGGCAACGACGACGACGACGACGCUGAUUGCCAGCUAUGCCGCGGCGUCCUUCGGUCCGGAUCACGUCAAUCUGACCAGUUCCCUGGGACGGAUUCUGCAGCACAAUCUGAUGGGCCAAUGGACGACGUCGUUCGGGGGUGCCGGAACAUCACCGGUUCCGAUUGGCGGUACCAGAUCUUCGGCCUCCGAUGCCGGCGGAAGUGAGGGCGUCAUUGUUUCGGCGACGGCAGCCGGUCCCGGAAGUGUCGUCGUCACGGGUUCGACGGGGGCAGCCUCUCGAGCAGCAGUAGCAGCAGCCGGUGGUUCCGGGGGCGAUUCGACUUUCCAAAACAAUCUCAUCGUGCCGCUGUAUGCGGUCAUCUUUCUGCUGUCGGUGGUCGGAAACCUGCUCGUUAUUCUAACGCUGGCCCAGAACAAACGGAUGCGGACGGUCACCAAUGUUUAUCUGCUGAAUUUGGCCAUAUCGGAUCUGCUGCUCGGUGUAUUUUGCAUGCCGUUUACUUUGGUCGGCCAGGUUCUCCGGAAAUUUGUCUUCGGCAGCAUUAUGUGCAAAUUGAUUCCCUAUUUCCAAGCCGUUUCCGUCUCGGUAGCCGUCUGGACCCUGGUGGCCAUCUCCCUGGAGCGAUUCUUCGCUAUCUGCCGGCCCCUCUCAUCUCGCCGGUGGCAAACCCAGUUCCAUGCCUACAAAAUGAUAGCCCUGGUGUGGAUUCUCAGCUUGCUGGUAAAUUCUCCGCUCUGCUACGUCCAGCGCCUGACACCGGUCUAUCAAAGGCCCACGACGAUGACAUCGACGACAACGACAACAACAAGUGGCAUCAAUGGGGGCGCCAUCUUGCUGGAAAACCACCCGAUGAAGUGCCGGGAGAUGUGGCCCCACAAGUCCUACGAGAAGGCCUACGUUCUGUUCCUCGACGCGGGGCUGUUGUGUUUUCCGCUGCUCACCAUGGGAUUUGCAUAUUCGAUGAUUGUGUCGAAACUGUGGCGUGGGCUGAAGCGGGAAAUUAAACAUUCCAACCAGCAGCAACAAUUGCAAAUUAACUAUUCCAUCAACGCAGUGUCCAGCUUCGACAAAACCUCAGCCCUGGGCUCAACGACGACGAUGGCUCGUUCCCACGAAACCAGCACCGGUAACUGCUAUUUACUGACGGCGCCCGGUUCUCAGAAUUUAAAUCCACACUCACCCGGAUCUUCAUCGCUGGGCCAUCUCGAGCCACAGCCCACAAGCAAACGCACCAUCUUCAAGGGAGGGCGAUCCAAUUGUGGUGGCGGAGGCGGAAAAUCCGGAAAAACCACCUCGAUUGCGGCCAUCGCAAACAGCAAUAACAAUUAUUGCUACUCCUCACCGUACGGCAGCAAAAGCGUUUUUCAUCAUCCCCGGAAUGGAGGCGGCGGAGGCAGCACUACUUUUGGCGAGAAUGGACCCAGUCAUGUCUUUUCGGUCGAUGGCAAAAACUCCUGCCAAUCCCGGCCACCGCGGAUGGUCCGUUUUCAGGUGCUUAAGGACUUUAUGGAGACCCAUCGCCAGAAGAGAACGAAACCGGUGAUAGCCCUAAAAUCGACAACGAUAGUGCCCUCUCCACUGCUCGGUGGUCUUUUGCCCGGAUCUCCGUUCGGAUGUUACACGGCAGAGACCAUCCUGAGCCAUCAUCCCCAGGACCAUCAUCCCCAGGACCAUCAUCAUCGGACGACUUCGGUGCAGCAACAGCAAAUCGGCGGAGGAUGUGGUUCAUCAGCAAUGGCGCCACUGCCACUGCCGCCAUCAUCAUCCGGUGCCAGUGACAGUUGUGCAGCCGUCAACAACCCUAACAAUGGUGUGGCCCUUGCUGCCGUGACAGCGGCCUCAGUUGGUGCCACCGCUUCCAUCCUGUCUUCCUCUUCCCCUGCCGGUGCAGCAAAUCUGACCGCAAACGGAACUGCCGCCGGAAUGCCACUUCUGAUGGUCGAUCCAUACGUGACGGCCACAUCAUUCUCCCGGCAGGCCAUCCGGUCCACCUACAUGGACAAAAGCAUCGAGGCCAAGAAGAAGGUCAUCAGGAUGCUGUUUGUAAUCAUUGUCGAGUUCUUCGUAUGCUGGGCCCCGUUGCACAUCCUGAAUACGGUGUACCUGUAUAAACCGGCCUUCGUCUACAAGUAUGUUAGCAGUAAUGGAAUCGCGCUGGUCCAGCUGAUGGCCUACAUAAGCUCCUGCUGUAAUCCAAUUACCUACUGCUUCAUGAAUCGACGAUUCCGGCAGGCGUUCCUCAACAUAUUUGGCUGCUAUCGGCAUCGUUUGCCGCUGUGUCUGUGCUGCUGCUUCCGGUGUCCCCAGGAUGAUGUGCAGCUGGAUCCGGAAUCAAAAUCGGCUGGUUCCCGGGCCAAUGGGACCAACACUUGCGGAGCUGGACAGGUCGGCAACAAUUCCGACGUUUCCGGCAACGAUUCGUUGCCGUACACUGGGCGCAGUAUCGUUCAGCGAUCCGAGAUCAUGGUUCUAGAAUCCGAGGAUCGUGUUUAGCAACGGCUCCGAUCACGUGGCAAGUUCAGUCUCCAUAGUCAAUUCGAUCAGCUCGAAUCGGAUCGCUCAGGUGACACAGAUUAUCGAAACAGAUCCGGAGGAUGCAACGUUUCGUUUCAAAAUCACGUGGUCGAAGUCUUCUUCCUCUUCCGCUAAUCAGCCGAAGGUUAUCAAUGGUUGUGAUAAGGAACGGUACUCGUAGUUUUGCUUGGAAUCAACAAACGAGAGACAAAAAUCAAAAAGUUCGUUCCCCCCUUUUCUACCUUGUAUUAUAGAAAGACUUUCAAUCAGAAUUGGUGACGCAUUCUAACUUUCAAACGAUAGCAAAACUUUCCCACUCUCUUCAAUGUUUAAGGUAUUUGUCAAAAGGAUCGUGAAGAACAGGAUUCUCUAACCUGUUUCUAGAAUUUAUGUACUUAUUUUACUCAUAAAAUUCAUGAAAAAAUACUUUCGUUUAUAAAUCAGAAUAUAACUAAGACGUUAGACGUUAGCUCAAUGAUUGAAUAAAUUCCGAAACUAAAAAACCCUGAAUAGCUUCGGAUUGAAGAUUUCCGAUCCGAAACCCACCCCGAAUAUCAAACAAAACACUGCAAAUGUACAAAACCGAAAACAGAAACUGAAGAAGCUUGAAUCAAGACUUGAACACGGAACCAACUACAAACUAAUGUUUAAUUACAAAAUCACACUAGCAUGCAGUCGAAAAAAUUGGUUGUUUAAACCACUUUACAACAGGAAAUCGUUAACUCAUCGACGUGGAAAGCAACGAUUACAAUUUAUCUGUACAUAGAUUUGAUAAACAAAAAAAACAGAAACGAAUACAAGUUUGUUGUUGAAAUUUGUAAAACUUCCGUUUUGUUUACCGAGUCAGUUGUACUGAUUAGAUGAACAAUAAUGCAUAAGCGAUCUUAUAGGUCUCAAGUACCUACAUGUUGGUGUCAAGUUAAUUAGAAGAAUAGUUAUAAGUAAUAAACGUUCCAAUGUGAUAUUUUCACCACAUGUGAAUGUGUAACAGAAGAAAAAAACAGUUUUAUUGAUAAUAAACGUUAAGAGCAA